CUGUCUCCACCCCUCCUCCCUGCCGGCUUCCCCAGAGUUAACAGCCGCCUGGCCUUGCUCUUUGGCCAGCAGGUCCAGCCCAAACAGGCUGCGCCCACAUUCCCUGGCUGCCCUCCAGCCGGCAGAAGCCGAGACAACAGAGUUCAGUGACUGUGAGGGCUGAGCUGGGGAAGCUGCUGAAGGGGAUGAAGCAGUUAGAAUCCACAAGAAACCACCAAGCCGGAGAAGAACCAUCCAGCCCCCAGAUGCUAGGCCUCCUGGGGAGCACGACCCUUGUGGGCUUGGUCACAGGCGCUGCAGUGGCCGUUCUGCUGCUGCUGCUGCUCCUGGCCACCUGCCUGCACCACAGACGGCAGGACCAUGAUGUGGAGAGGAACCAACAGGCUGCAAGGAGAAACCGAGUCCGGGCAGCCUGGCCUUGGCUCCUCCGGGGCCAGGGCCACAUGGGACGCCUUCACCACCACCCUGGCCACCUUGCUCGCAAGUCCCAUGGUGGCCUCCACCACCACCACCACCACGCUGCACACCACCACCGCCACCACCACCACCACCACCACCACCACUCUCACUGGGGCCGCCGCUGACACCUGUGGGCGGUGGCUGCUGCCUGCCCUGUCGUCACCAGCACGAGUGGAUGCAGAACUUUUGGUGCAGAAGGAUGUGUCUCUGCAGUGAAUGCCGGGGUCCUGCUCAGGCUUCAUUUGUACAUCGUGUCCCAGUGUGCUACGAAGGCAGACAAGAGGAGCCCCACGGGUGGAGCUGUGCACCUCAGAAGUUGGGUGGAGAGCAGGGGUGAUCCCUCGGGCCUGGACACCCUACUUGUGACUGUAACUCCCAGUGGGCGCCAGCAAGGAUGUGGCGGCAGAACCCGUUCAGCACAACAGCUGAAUGUGCACGGAAAGUGCUCUCCGUCAAGUGCUCAUCUUUUGACUUCCUCAUUAGGCAGCUGCAGGCCUCUGGCCGGUGGGGGUAGCUGGGAGGGACCCAGGGAAUGCCCUCUUCGGUUGGACAAGGCAGUAUGGGGCUGCACAGCCACUUCAUUGGUGCCUUAAUACAAGAAAAUAAAAAUCACUAAGCUUU